AUGAAGCUUCCGCCAAACACGGCCUUCUUCUCUCUCUCACUCCUCCUCCUCCUCCUCCACCUCCUCCCCUCCGCCUACACCUCCGGCGAUCAGGAGACCUUCAUCGUCCACGUGUCCAAAUCCCACAAGCCGUCGGCCUUCUCCACCCACCACCACUGGUACACCAGCCUCAUCCAAUCCCUUCCCGCGCACCGCCGCCCGGCGGAGAUCCUCUACACCUACGACCGCGCCGUGCGCGGCUUCUCGGCCCGCCUCUCUGCCGCUCAGGCUGCCACCCUCAGCCGCGCCCCCGGCGUCGUCUCCGUCGUCCCCGACGCGGUCCGCUACCCCCACACCACCCGCACCCCCAACUUUCUAGGCCUCGCGGACACGUUUGGCCUCUGGCCGAACUCCGACUACGCCGAUGACGUCAUCGUCGGUGUCCUCGACACCGGAAUCUGGCCGGAGCUUCCGAGCUUCUCCGACGAAGGCCUCUCCCCAGUCCCUUCUGACUGGAAGGGGAGCUGCGUCGACGCCCCCGAUUUUCCCGCGACCCUCUGCAACAGGAAAAUCAUCGGGGCAAAAGCGUUCUAUUUAGGGUACGAAGCUUCGCGAGACAAAACGAUGGAGGAAUCGAAUGAAUCUAGAUCUCCAAGGGAUACGGAAGGCCACGGCUCGCACACAUCGUCGACCGCCGCCGGAUCUAGAGUGGCGAACGCCAGCUUGUUCGGAUACGCAAAAGGAGAAGCCAGAGGCAUGGCGACCAAAGCCAGGAUCGCUGUGUACAAGAUCUGCUGGACCUUCGGGUGCUACGAUUCCGAUAUACUGGCGGCGAUGGAGCACGCGAUUGACGACGGCGUGAACGUGAUUUCUCUCUCAGUCGGCGCUAACGGCUACGCCCCUCAGUACGACUACGAUUCUAUCGCAAUCGGAGCUUUCGGCGCAACUGAGCACGGAAUAGUGGUGUCGUGCUCUGCAGGAAAUUCCGGACCCGAUCCGUACACAGCGGUCAACAUCGCGCCAUGGAUCUUGACCGUCGGGGCCUCAACCCUCGACCGUGAGUUCCCAGCCGACGUAAUACUCGGAGACGGACGUACGUUCGGCGGCGUUUCCCUCUACUCCGGCGAACCACUCGGAGACAAACCGCUUCCCUUGGUUUACGCCGCUGACUGUGGGAGCCGUUACUGCUACUCCGGCAGCCUCAAUCCGGCAAAAGUCGCCGGAAAAAUCGUCAUCUGCGACAGAGGUGUCAACGCCAGGGUGGAGAAAGGCAGUGCCGUCCACCUCGCCGGAGGUGCCGGCAUGAUAAUGGCCAACCUGGCGGACAGCGGCGAAGAGCUCUUAGCCGACGCUCACUUUAUUCCGGCCACCAUGGUUGGCUCGACCGCCGGAGACAAAAUACGGGCCUACGCACGCUCGGAUCCAAACCCAACCGCCACUAUAAUUUUCCGUGGGACAGUCAUCGGGCCCAGCCCACCAGCCCCACGCGUGGCUUCUUUCUCGAGCCGCGGGCCGAGCUACCGAACCGCCGAAAUUCUCAAACCGGACGUAAUUGCCCCUGGCGUCAACAUUCUAGCCGGCUGGACGGGCUACGUUGGCCCAACCGACUUAGAUUCCGACACUCGGAAAGUCGAGUUCAACAUAAUUUCUGGCACGUCCAUGUCGUGCCCCCACGUGAGCGGCUUGGCCGCCCUUCUCCGGAAAGCCCACCCUGAAUUUUCUCCGGCCGCCAUCAAAUCGGCCCUCAUGACAACCGCUUACAACAUCGACGAUAAUGGCCGGAACAUCACGGACCUUGCCACCGGAACCGAGUCGAACCCGUUCGUUCACGGCUCGGGCCAUGUCGACCCGAACAAAUCCCUCGACCCGGGUCUAGUGUACGAUAUCAAGACGAUUGAUUACGUGGCGUUUUUGUGCACGAUCGGUUAUAAUCCGAGGAGGAUAUCGGUUUUCACGAGCGCCUCCGUGGAUUGCGAUGAGUUAGGGUUAAAAACUCCAGGGAAUCUUAACUACCCGUCCUUUUCGGUUGUCUUUUCAAGCGGUGUUGGCGUGGUGAAGUACAAGAGGACGGUGAAAAAUGUCGGGAAGGAGACGAAUAAUGUUUAUCGGGUGAAGGUGGAGGCUCCGCCGGGAGUGGAGGUGAAUGUGCAUCCGGUUGAGUUGGUUUUUAGUGAGAAAGUGAGUGAGUUGUCUUACGAGGUUACGUUCAAGAGUAGUGUGAGUUUGAGUGAUUUGGGAAUGGAAAUUGUGGGUGGGAUUAGGACUUCGUUCGGGUCCAUCGAAUGGAGUGAUGGCGGUGGUCAUCGAGUGAGGAGUCCAGUGGCGGUGGCUUGGCGGUUGGGCUCGGUGGCCGCAAUGUGA